UGCGACAGGCUUGCCAGCACACAAAAACCACAACACAGACACUCAAACAAAAUAAACAUUGCUGAUUGCAUGUGGUUUGCGAAAUAUCGAUGUUGACACGUAGCAAUACCAGGUAAGCUGAACUGUUGUCACCAAAUGUAGACCGAUUUUCUUAUAUGGGCUUGUGUUUAUCUCUUAGCUGGCGUUAGCUAUCUAAGUUAGCAUCUGAGCCUACCAAUAAAUAAAUUGUGGUAACGUUAGUUAGCUAACGUAGAUAAUUAGUGCGAUGCAUGUGCCAGAUGCAGUACUGUUUGUAAAAUGCCAAAGGCUGGGCAAGCCUUUCGUGUGACAGCAAGUUCUCGUUUCAAGGCAAACUACGCUAGCUAGCUAACUGACGUUUUUUUAAUUCUCUUUUUUGGUCACAUUUUAUUUUAUUGCAGAAAAACCAGUAUGCAUACAAGAAAUAUACAAACAUACAAUGAUAACAUAUGCUAGGGGGUACAACAAAUUACAGAUUAUGCAAAUACCUUAAAAGAUGCACACAUUGAUUGUUUUAGCAGCUUUCUUAUUAGAAGAAUGUAGAAUGGUUUAAUGUACUGCGUGAAUUCCUUAUAGAAAACACGGAAGAGUGGUUAAUUACAAGUACAUUUACAUUUAUCAAUAUGAAGGUUUUCCAUUAACACAAUUAGAUUGAGAAUUGUUUUUCUUUAUCCUUUUUAUAGUUAAGGAAGCAGAAGGUUCUCCCAUUAAAAAAAACAAGUAAUCAAGAAUAUUAACAAUUAUUAAACUAUGAAUAUCUUUCCAUAAUUUCUUUACAUGUAGAAACUGUUUCUGGAUGCUCAACAUAAAAAGUACUGUUCAUGUCUGAGUGUCUUCAUGUAAUACUUACGGAUCAUUCGGAAUUAGACCUCUUUGACCUUGUUAACAAGCAGGUAUUUGUGUGGUAAUAACCAUACUUUUUUCUGAUAUUAUUGACAAGAAUUUCAGUAAGUUGUGACAUAAGGAAUGGAUACAAUAUCCAUUUUGGAAUUAAGCACGUAUAGAUCUGUUAUUCUGAGGGAGCAAGGAGAAACACAUGUUUACUAUUGGAGCGACAACUGGAUCAAGCAAGGGCAGGUCAGGAAGGUGAGGUCUGGUUACACCUCUAAACAACAUGAGAGUUCCAGAUGGAAUAGCAUCAAAGACUAUGGCGAACUCUCUAGGUGUAACAGGGAUAUUGUAAUGAGGUAAAAAUUCCUCAUAAUUGAGUAACAAUCCUUCUGCAUUAAAAAGUUGACUCACCAGCAGGAUAUGAUUAUUAAACCAGUCUCUAAAAAAUAGACUUUACUUCUAUACAAAAUAUCCGUAUUGUUCCAAAUGAAAUACCUAUGUGGGGAAAAAUUGUUUAUUUAUUAACGACCACGCUAAGAAUACUUGUCUGAAAAGCAGAUCAUUUUGGAGGAAUCUUAUCAAUGUUAUAGUUACAAAGUAACAAAUUGAAGCCACCAUGUUAACUGAUGUUUGAGUUGAUUACAUUACAGUCCUGACAUCAUUAGUUAUAGUUACUAUUGUAACAUUGAUAUUGGUGAUGAGGUUUUUCUGGACACAUUAACGUAAACUUAUCUUUGAUAUAUAAACCGAUCAAUUCUGUGCUAGUAACUAGCUAGCCCGGUAUGGCUGUUUUGUGCAGCUCUAACUGCCUCAAUAUUCAACUGGAUAUAACAGUAAUUGUAACAUUAUAUUGCCAUGUCAAUGCAUUGAAAGUAAAGUUACCUAUCUGUCCAUCCCUUUAGAUAUGUUUACAAAAUGACUAAGGUUAUUUAAUAUCUCAAAUUCUACACAUUUUGCCAUGGGGCGGAGAGAAGAUUUAGCAAUUUUAUAGUUAAUGUCAUGGAAUUGUACUCAUUUUGCCAUGGGGAGGAGAGGAAAAUGAGCCAUUUACAGGGGUAUGCGCAAUGCCGUUGGGGGUACGCCCAAAAAAAUGUGAGUCACAGAAAAAAUAAAUCACAUUUUCAAACAGUCCAUAUAUAUUUUCUAAUGGGGCUAUACAUUUGGGUGAGUUUUUUUUUAUCUCGCCUGAGUAGCCUCGUUUCACUGCCACAUUAAAUUAAACCAUCGAGUGUUCAGCGAAAUAACAACACAAUGUCAAAUACAGUUAGCCUAGUCAAAUAAUUAACAUCCAAUCACAUUAACCAUUACUCUCUCACGUGAAUUACACUAACAGUCCGUAGGUAGCCAAAUGUAGCUGCUGCUCAUGUUGGUAUCUGUACUGAUGGCGUGAUAGGGAGACAUGGUUGACUGGGAACGUGUGUGCAAGCAGUUGCUCCCAACGCCACUUGGGUACACUGCAGCAUCCACCGAGAGGCUCUUGCUGCCAAGGCAAUGCCUGACAGCUUGAAAGACGUUUUGGACACUACAGUGAAAAUGGUUAAAUUUGUUAACGCAAGGCCGCUGAACUCUUGUGUAAUUUCUGCACUAUGCAAUGAUAUGGGCAGCGACCAUGUAACGCUUUUACAACUUACCGAAGCUGGUUAUCAAGGGGCGAUGUAUUGACACGUUUUUUUUAAUUGAGAGACGAGCUUAAAGUUUUCUUUAUUGACCAUAAUUUUCACUUGUCUGACCGCUUGCAUGAUGACGGGUUUCUCACACGACUGGCCUAUCUGGGGGAUGUUUUUUCUCACCUGAAUGAUCUGAAUCUAGGAUUACAGGAACUAUAUUCAAUGGACUGUCUGCAACUAUAUUCAAUGUGCGGGACAAAAUUGAGGCUAUGAUUAAGAAGUUGGAGCUCUUCUCUGUCUGCAUUAACAAGGACAACACACAGGUCUUUCCAUCAUUGUAUGAUAUUUUUUGUGUGUGCAAAUGAACUCAAGCUUAUGGACAAUGUCAAAUGUAAUAUAGCGAAGCACCUGAGUGAAUUGGGUGCGCAAUUACGCAGGUACUUUCCCAAAAUGGAUGACACAAACAGCUGGAUUCGUUAUCCCUUUCAUGCCCUGCCUCCAGUCCACUUACCGAUAUCUGAACAAGAGAAAAUGCAACAAACGAUUCUGUGAAAAUGUUAUUUAAUCAUUAGCCACUGCCAGGUUUCUGGAUUGGGCUGCGCUCCAGAGUAAUCGCGCUGUUAAGACACUGAAGCCUUUUGCAACCACGUACCUAUGUGAGAGUGGAUUCUCGGCCCUCACAGCAUGAAAACUAAAUACAGGCACAGACUGUGUGUGGAAAAUGAUUUAAGACAGACUCUCAACCCAACAUUGCUGAGAUAUGUGCAUCCUUUCAAGCACACCCUUCUCAUUAACCUGUGGUGAGUUAUUAACAAUUUUCAAUGAACAAAUAAGGUUUUAUAUGUAAAAUGGUUAAAUAAAGAGCAAAAUGAUUGAUUGUUAUUAUAUUAUUAUUUGUGCCCUGGACCUAUAAGAGCUCUUUGUCACUACCCAUGAGUUGGGUUGUGAUGACAACUCACUCAUUCUUAUGUUUAAUAAAUGUAUUGUAUAGAGUGUGUGUGUGUGUGUGUGUGUGUGUGUGUGUGGCAGGCUUACAAUGAUGGCAAAAACUACAUUUGAGAGUGUGCUGACCCUGGUACAAGAGGGGGUACGCAGCUGGAAGUUGAAUGUUUGAAGGGUCAGGCCCCCCUGCACCGUCUUCUCAUAGUGCUUUUGUGUGAGCGCGGUCGGGAUGGGCCAGCAGAUCUCAGGCCAGGCGGUGAUGAUCAGUCUACCUGAGAAGCUGAUGAAACACGCCAGGCUGGUAACAGACAGCGGUUACCUCAGCUACGAGGAGUUCCUGGGCAGGGUGGCAGAGCUCAAUGACAUGACAGCUAAGCUUGCAGCUAGACAGCAAAAACACCUGAUCUUUGAAGUCCAGACUGGCUCGGAUGCCUCUGCUCUGUGGAAAGUGGCUGUGCGGAUAGUUUGUACCAAGAUCAACAAAGAGAAUGGGAUGGUGGAGGCGUCUCGCAUCAUGAACCUGUACCAGUUCAUUCAGCUGUACCGUGACAUUACCAGCCAGGCAGCAGAGGUGCUGUCAGCAGAGGGCGCCAGGCUCCCGUCUGGAAACCUCCCAUCAGGGGACUCCUGUCAGGCCAGCAUGUGGAUGGGCAGGGUAAAGCAGUUGACUGAUGAGGAAGAGUGCUGUAUCUGCAUGGAUGGGAAAUCUGACCUCAUCCUGCCUUGUGCUCAUAGCUUCUGUCAGAAGUGCAUUGACAAGUGGAGUGGGCAGAGCAGGAAUUGUCCGAUAUGCCGCUUGCAAGUGACCGCAGCUAAUGAGUCGUGGGUGAUGCCUGAUGCCCCUACAGAGGAGGACAUAGCUGGCUAUAUCCUCAACCUGGCUGAUGAGGCAGGCCAUCCACACAGACCUUAAACUGCUCAACACUAAGACACUUUGAUAAACUAGUGACAGACAAACUGACAUCGGGAAUAGUUUGGGGGUUUUCCUGACUUAGUGUAGGGCCUGUAGUUUUUCCUCAUCAGGAAAAAACCUUGGCAUAGUUUUGGGGUAUGUAGAUAGGAUUUAGUUUGCUUUAUAGAAAUGUGCCUAUGUGAUCUUCACUUUUAGCAAUAACCACUGGUUAUAUUUAUUUUAUGUUCUCUUUUUUACUUUUCCAUAUUUUUACAUGAUUGCUCUCCAAAGUGGAUGUGUAUAUAAGAUUUAAAGGUGUGUAUAUACACUUGGUGGCCAGCUUAUUAGGUACACUACCCCAUUCAUGAAAAUGGUUUGUUUCUACAGACAGUGAGUCACGUGGCCAUAGUCAGCAGGCAGACAGGCAUCGAGGCAUUCUGUUCGAUUGAAUGUUAGGAUGGGCAAAAUGACUGGCCUAUGUGACUUUACGCAUGGUUUGCUCAUCUGUGCCAGGCACGCCGGUUCCAGUAUCUCAGAGGCCCGGCCUCCUGGGCUUUCCAGGCAUGACAGAGUCUAGGGUUGAUCAAGAAUUGUGCGAUAAACAACAAAACAUCCAGUCAGUCCUAUGGUCAAAAACAGCUCAUGGUUGAGAGGUUGAAGGAGAAUGGCAAGAAUCUUGCAAGCUAAAAGGCGGGCCACAAACGGGUAAAUAAUGACGCAGUACAACAGUGGUGUGCAGAACAGCAUCUCAGAACGCACAACUCAUUGGUCCUUGUCACAGAUGGGCUAUUACAGCAAAUGACCACACCGGGUUCCACUCCUAUCAGCUAAAAACAAGAAGAAUUGGUUCCAGUGGGCAUAUGAUCACCAAUACUGAACAAUUGAGGAGUGGAAAAACACUGCCUGGUCCGACGAAUCCUGGUUCGUGUUGCGGUUAUAGGCAGCUCUGUAACUGCUGUUGAACAUUGCAUAAAUCACUGUAGUCACAUGAAUACUUUAAUCCCACUCUGUGGGAAUGGUUUGUAAUUUCAUGAAAUGUGAAAAUAAGUACAAUAAUCUCAUGGAUGCUUUAGCCAGGCUAAAGCUCUCUAUUUUCUCUUUAAUCAACAUGUUAGGGUGAGGUGAUUUCUAUCAACUAUUUUUAACAUAAUUAAAACAAAACUUCUGCAUUAUUAUUUACAAUAAUUAUUUAUUAUAUCACUGAUACCCAGGCCAGUGCAUUGGAUGUUAUAAAUAAUGUACUUUUUAUUAAGUGUGAGAGACUGAGUGAAUGUUAAAAUAAUACAUAUAUAUUUAUUUCCAUUAGGUAACUAAAGAUUGAAGCUGUUUUGUAUAUGCACUUUACUUACUGUUAGUUAAACAAUGAUUUAACAUAUUUAAAAAAAUAUUAGUCCACAGAACAUUUUUAACCAAAUCUGACAAAGUAUUUUGGGUUUGUAAUGUUGACCAAUUGCACUUUUGAACACUUUUGUAUUUCGCUGUGACAAUCGUAUUAUUAUUGUGCGUCUUUGAGUAAAGCUAAAUCCCCCACAACAUAAUUGAUGUCCUUUAGAAGUGUAGCAGGGCUCUACACUUACAAGAUGAGUAACUUUGCCUGAGGACUUGUGUUAGCAACCAGAGCUAACAACUAGGCUUUAGCUCAGUGGGCUAACGCAGUCGUCAGUUACAUCAAUAUCCUGUGUUCAACCUGGUUGUUUACAGAAGCGCACAGCCUAGUAAUUUUAUGAAAGACAAACUGCAUUUAGCAUUUGAGUGCAAUGUUCUAUGGUGGCCUAUAGGUGGUAGCAUGUACUCUGUAACUGCACCUGUAGUUGGCUGGAGUACUUUAGAAUGACUAAUUCAGGAUGUUUAGGACGCAACUUGUUGGAUAACUAUGAUUAUGGUCUUUUCAUGUUAAUUGAUAAACUGAACUGUCUCUGAACAUUCAUAACAUAAACCAACAACAGGCUAAUAAAGAGGGCAGUUAUGUC